AUGUUUCAUUUCCCUAACACUUAUAAUGAAGAACCAUAUUCAUUAAAAUUAUUGCGUGCUAUACAGUAUGCCAACACGGAGAAUUCCCAAACAGAGUCCCUGAUUCAAGUCGUAGAUUAUGAAGAGCAAACACAAUGUGAACCUGGUGACAAUACAGAAGCCCCUACAUCACAUGAAGACAGGGAUAGUACGAUUCUGGCACUAACACUAACUGAAAAUGAUAACAAUAUGCCGCAACGUCCACCACCACGACCCACGCCAUACAAAAAGUAUUCUGAUUUAUUCAGAUUGGAUAACGUCGCAAAUGUUAACGAAACUUCUUGGACUAGCUCAAUAGAGAACUUAACAUUUUUACACAAAGAAACAGAAGAGUUGAAUAAAAGUGAUAUCAAACUGCUCAAUAUUCUUUUUUCGUGUGGUGUUACUAAUUUUUCUUUUAUGCAAAGCAAAUUGUGGGGAGCAGAACUACGUCAAAAAUUUGAUGCACUAAAAAUGUAUAUUAAUAUUCAUGAUGUGUUCGAUUCCCAUAAUAUGAUAAACGAGUCUAUGUUUGAAGGCACUUCUGUAAAUUUGUAUGAAAAGUAUUGUAAACCGAUUCUGAAUCAAAAAUUCGUUGUUAUAACUCUCCUUAAUCUUGGAAAAUCGUUAGGCAAUAUACUGUUUAAUAUUUAA